AUGUCUCAGCAACCAACAACAGCUCCAAAGCCUUCGCUGCAGGGGGUCAGAAUCAAAGCAAGAAAGGGCGCCGUCAAGGCCCACGCAAAGCACGAACCAACCGUUUUCCGCGAUCAGCUAUACAAGCACCUUGAAACCGUCCCAGCAGGCGACUUUGACGCUUUCACUAACAAGUUAGUUCAGGCAGGAUCGACACUCGAGUUUUUGAAAUAUGCCGAUGCGCUGUUCGAGAUCAUUCUCGUUGGAGGCUUGCUGCAGCCCGGAGGGUCCUACGUCGAAGAGAGCGGUCCCACCUCGCCGUUCUCCAUCUCUCAUGUCAAGGAGCCCGUUCAGAUGGAAGACCUGAAGCCGUACAUCGACGUGCUGAAUAAACUCAUUCGGAGGUACAAGUAUUUGCAGAAACCUCUUGAGGAAUCAUCCCUCCCCGCUCUCCUGCAGUACGUGCAUCGCUGGCCGCCUGCGCAGAAAGACAAGCUCGCCAUGACGACUGGGCUGUUGAUCUCACAAGGCCUCGCGAGUGCUGCGUGUCUGCAGAGUCUUACCAAGGAUCAUCUGAUCAAGAACGAUGUAUCCAUUUCCGCCGUCACUGUUGUGUUCAGAGCUUUCCUUGCUGAGCAGUCUAUGGAGCACCUCGCGGCAGCACUGAAGAAGGGUGGCAUUAAAGAUCUAAUGGCGUUCUUCCCCCCGAACAAGCGCGAGCCCAAAUACCUGGAAGAGCACUUCAGGAACGAAGGACUGACGCAGGUCGCUGAAUGGUGGGCAAAGAAGCAGUAUGCGGUCGUCAAAGACAGCCUCAUGAAGGAUCUUCAAUCCAUGUGCGAACACGAGGAGUCGGACGAGAACAUUAUCGCUGCUAUCAGGUCGAAGCAAGAUGCUAGCCCUUUGCCCGACACGGAGCUCAUCCAAUGCAUUUGGCAGGGCCUGAUGGCUUCCGUCGACUGGAGCGCACGACCAGACCAGAUUGAAGGACUUGCUCUCCGGGAAGUCAGCAAAUUUGCACCUAUACUCGAACCCUUUUGCAACGGACCCAAGACAGAAGUCGCUUUAAUCAAUGUUGUUCAAGUGUAUUGCUAUGAGGAUACCCGCAUCAUUAAAGCAUUCCCCCAGAUCUUGAAAGUGUUGUACAAUAAAGACUGUGUAUCGGACCAGGCCAUUAUUUAUUGGCACCAGAAGGGUUCCAAGCCUCAAGGAAGACAGCACUUCCUCAAGAGCACGGAGACUCUCGUCAAGUUCUUACAGGCGCAGGAAGAGGAGAGUGAGGAGGAGGAAGCCUGA